AUGUCCACCACAACAGUUGCACCCACGAUCGCCCACACAGUGGUUGGUCCUGUGAGACUAACAGGAGCACGUCCAACCAACAAAUUACCUCAAUUCCUCAUCGAUGAAGCACAGAUUGAGGAAAAGCAAUCCUUCGAUCCCAACCGACACAUGAACUAUCAGCCUCCUUCGAAGAUCUACACCAUGAAGGAGAUUGGUCUUGAAGGCCAAGGAAUCUCCCCAAACGCAGUCACGGCGCCAUUCCAGCUUUUCACUGAGGAAGCGAUUAAGCAGAUGAGAGCGAGAUAUUCAGCAAGGCGACGCGCACCAUUUAUCUGUGAUGCCUGGCGCUCCCCCGAAGUUCUUGCGAAGAUUUCAGAGGUCGCUGGCAUUGAGCUUAUCCCUUCCAUGAACUAUGAGAUUGCCGCUAUCAACAUUUCCGUAAACGAUCAGACUACGACAGUCAUGAAAGCAGAGGAUGAUAAUUUGCCUGCCUUCGCAUGGCACCGGGACAGUUACCCAUUCGUCUGUGUUACGAUGCUCUCUGAUUGCACCGGUAUGGUUGGAGGAGAGACUGCACUCAAGACGGCGAGCGGCGAAAUCAUGAAAGUUCGCGGGCCUGCGAUGGGAACCGCUGUUGUUAUGCAAGGUAGAUAUAUUGAGCAUCAGGCACUGAAGGCAUUCGGAGGACGUGAGCGGAUUAGCAUGAUUACCUCGUUCCGCGCAAAGUCUCCGCAUGUCCGAGACGAGACUGUCCUUACUGGGGUUCGGCCUAUCAGUAACGUGUUAGAGCUGUAUAGGGAAUGGUCCGAAUACAGACUGAAGGUCCUCGAGGAGCGGAUUCGGGCUGAAUUGGAGAACGAACGGCAACAGCAACUGGGCCAGCGCCCCUUCAACGUCUCGGACAUGAAGAGGUUUUUGAUCCAACAGAGGGAGUUCUUGGACGCUACGAUCGCGGAAUUGAUCCAGUAG